AUGACCGAACAUGUCUCGAACUUGUCGAGUCCUGAGCUGCCUCGUGUCUUCUCGCUCCCUGCCUCGCAAUCACUCCGCGCGUCGGCACCGUCGCAGGGGCCUGGCGCGCUUCCAACAGGGUUAAGACGACUGGACGAGGCUCUGGCUCCGUUGCCCAGCUAUGAGCUUCCAGAAGCCACCCAAAGCCAGCGUGUAGCUGGUAUCUCGCGCGGUCAUGUCACCGAAAUUUAUGGGCCUCCAGGGGUGGGCAAGACUGCGGUUGCUAUCAAGGUUGCAGCCAACGCCUUGCAGGCCGGGGAUCACGUAGUCUGGAUUGACACCGGCUCACCAAUCCCUCAGCCUCGCCUCAAGGCAAUGCUGACGGGCAGUAUCAAGCACGCGACUGAUGAGACUCUUUCCUCUUCGCAGCUCGAAGAGAAAGUGCAUGACUGCAUGGGAAGAUUUUCCCAUUUCCGGGCGCAGUCACUCCCUCAUCUGCUGGCCUUGUUGCUGCGCCCUCCGCCCAGCUUUCCUCCAGAAGGGACCAGUUUGCUCGUCGUCGAUUCGGUGUCGGGCCCAUUCUCUGCUUAUUUCCCCAAUGCGACGGAGCUGAGGUCCAGGCUCACGCAGGGCCGUAUCGCUGACAACCAGCAGCUUCAGUGGCUGCUGAACCGGAAAUGGAACGUGACCAGCGACAUGGCCAACCAGCUCGUGAAGCUUGCUGCCGCUCGUCGUCUGGCGGUGGUGCUGCUCAACCAGACGCAUACCAAAAUCAAAGGACAGCCCCGCGCGACCCUCUAUCCGGCGCUGGCGGGCGGCUCGUGGGAGACCUGCAUCCACACACGGAUCGUUCUGUACCGCGAUUGGCCUCCUGAGGAGGGCAGUGACGCUGCUGACCGCGAUAUCCUGAAAUACGUGCGAUUUGCAGAGGUGAUGAAGCGAGACGGGAAAGUCCUCACCGUCAGGACGGACGACAACAUCAUUCCGUUUUUGAUCGAGUCUGAUGGACUAUGCGAAAUCCGCAAGAACGAAUCCCGCCUCCCGGGUUUGGCCAGCAGUCCCCAGGCGCCUAUUCCUGUACAGCCACAACCGCGCAAACGAAAGGUUGACGAGAUUGCCGACACUGAGGACGAAGAUGAGGAUGACUCGGAUGGAGACUACGGCUGGAUGGAGAGUGAUGAUGCCCAUCUUUUGGCUGAGGAGGAGGCGGAAGCAGACGCGAAAGAAAAAGAGGAGGAGAAAGCGGAAAAGGAAGGAAACGCAUGA